AUGCCGCCUCGCCACCGGGGAGGUUCGGGCUACUGCGGCGUCCGCGUGCGUCCGUCCGGCACCUACUCCGCCUCGAUCCGGUUGGGCGGCGGCGUGCGCCUCGGCCUCGGAACCUUCGACACCGCCCAGGACGGCGCCCGCGCGUACGACGCUGCGGCGUGGCGCCUCCGGCGGUCCCGUUGGGACAUGAACUUCACCGACGUGGCGACGCCAGAGCGGGCACAAGAGUUGGCUCCUUUCCCGCGGCUUAUCACCGACGAGGAUCGGCGCAAAAACCAGAGGCGGGAGCGCCGUCUCAGCCUGGCCGAGAUGGACGAGGAAGCCAUGGCGCUGUGGAGGCAACGCUUCCCGCAAGAUAUCAUCAACGAGGAGCAGAGAAGACUUGAACUAUGUACAAAAUAUUGCUGGAGCGACUCGGGCGCGCUUUAUUUUGCGGCGGCCGCUGGAGCCAGCGCACCGCCAAGCACAAAACCUGGCUCAUCCGACGCGGUAUCCUGA